UGUGUGUGUGUGUGUGUGUGUGUGUGUGUGUGUGUGUGUGUGUGUAUGUGUGUCAGUGUGUGUGUGUGUGUGUGUGUGUUAAUGCAGGUGAAUGUGAAUGCAUGUGGAGUCUUGUUCGCCCCGGCAUGCCUUUUAGAGUCUACUCUAUGACCAAGAGAGAGGGGGACGUCAUACAACGACACAGCCAAUCAGAGGUUAGCUUUUUAGGCUUGUAAAGACUUUAGUGGAAGUGGCAAAAGCCAGCAGUUUAAAAAAUAAUAAUCCAGAAUGCCCUAUACACCGUCCGGCUUCUUCUGUGACCGGCUGAUCCGGGAGAGAGAGAGAAGAGAUGGAGAAGGAUCCCUCAGCAAGCCCCUGCGCUUCAGCGGGCAGGACUUUACCGCACUCAAACAAGAGUGCCUCAGCAAGAAGUGCCUGUUUGAGGAUGACACCUUCCCAGCCUCCGUGGAGUCUCUGGGGUACAAGGAGCUGGGACACAAGUCCAACAAGGUCAAGAACAUCGUCUGGAGGAGACCAAAGGAGAUCUGUGAGAACCCUCAGUUCAUUGUGGGCGGAGCCAGCAGGACAGACAUUUGCCAGGGAGACCUUGGUGACUGCUGGCUGCUGGCUGCGAUAGCCUGUCUGACUCUGAAUGAGAAGCUUCUCUACCGGGUCGUUCCUCAGGAUCAGAGCUACUCCGAGGGAUAUGGAGGAAUCUUCCACUUCCAGUUCUGGCGCUAUGGCGACUGGGUUGACGUUGUCAUUGACGACCGCAUCCCCACCUUCAACAACCAGCUGGUGUUCACCAAGUCUGCUGAGAGGAACGAGUUCUGGAGCGCCCUGCUGGAGAAGGCCUACGCCAAGCUUCACGGUUCCUAUGAGGCCCUGAAGGGCGGUAACACCACGGAGGCCAUGGAAGACUUCACCGGGGGCGUGACAGAGUUCUAUGAGAUGAAGGAGGCGCCCAAGGAGCUGUACAAGAUCAUGAAGAAGGCCCUGGAGAGAGGCUCUAUGAUGGGCUGCUCUAUUGACUCCCUGGUUCCUGCUCGAUUUGAGACGCGCACUGUGACUGGCCUUGUGAAGGGCCACGCCUACUCUGUGACUGCCGUUGAGGAGUCCCAGCACAAAGCGUCUAAGGUGUGUCUGGUGCGCCUCAGGAACCCCUGGGGUCAGGUGGAGUGGAACGGGCCCUGGAGUGACAACUCUAAGGAGUGGGUGUCUCUGUCUAAGGGAGAGAAGGACCAGCUACAGCAUCAGAGUGCUGAGGACGGGGAGUUCUGGAUGUCCUUUGAGGACUUCAAGAAGAACUACACCAAGAUUGAGAUCUGCAACCUGACCCCUGAUGCCCUGGAGGACGAUAAGAUCCACAAGUGGACGGUGUCGGUGAACGAGGGUCGUUGGGUCAGAGGCUGCUCUGCCGGAGGCUGCAGGAACUACCCAGAUACAUUCUGGACCAACCCUCAGUUCCGCCUGUGUCUCCUGGAGGAGGAUGACGACUCAGAGGACAACGAGGUGGCGUGUUCCUUCGUGGUCUCUCUGAUGCAGAAGAACAGACGGAAAGAGAGGAAGAUGGGAGCCAAUCUCUUCACCAUCGGAUUUGCCAUCUACGAGGUGCCGAAGGAGAUGCACGGAAACAAGCAGCACAUGCAGAAGGACUUCUUCCUGUUCAACUCAUCCAAGGCUCGCUGCAAGUCCUACAUCAACCUGAGGGAGGUGACCCAGCGCUUCCGUCUGAGCCCCGGGGAGUACGUGAUCAUCCCGUCUACCUACGAGCCUCACCAGGAGGGAGAGUUCAUCCUCAGAGUCUUCUCCGAAAAGAGGAACACCUCCGAGGAGAUAGAGAACAGGAUCGAGGCGGACCAUACAGUGCCGGCCCCAGCCAAUGCGGGGGAGGAGAGUGAGGAGGACCAGCAGUUCCGGAGCCUCUUUCAGCAGAUAGCAGCGGAUGAAAUGGAAGUUACCGCCAACGAGCUGAAGAAUGUCCUCAACAGGGUUGUCUCCAAACAUAAGGACCUGAACACAGAGGGUUUUAGCCUGGAGUGCUGCAGGAGCAUGAUUGCACUCGUGGACAUGGACGGGACGGGCAGACUCAGCCUGCAGGAGUUCAGACAUCUCUGGAACAAGAUCAAACAGUGGCAGGGGAUCUUUAGACACUACAGCUCGGACCAGGCUGGUAUCAUCAACAGCUACGAGAUGAGAAAUGCCAUCAACGAUGCAGGCUUCCGUCUCAACAACCAGCUGUAUGACAUCAUCACCAUGCGUUACGCCAAUGAGGGUAUGAACAUCGACUUUGACAGCUUCAUCAGCUGUCUGGUCCGGCUCGAAGCCAUGUUCAGGGCGUUCCAGGCUUUUGAUCAGGAUGGUACGAUCAGACUUAGUGUCUUGGAGUGGCUCCAGCUGACCAUGUAUGCCUAGAUUGCCAGACAGGUCUUCUCAGCCGGAUGUCCUCCCAGGUGAGACCCAUCCC